AUUGAAAACAGUGGUGGACCUCAUUGUUGGACAUGCUCAAUCAGCUUUCAUAGAGGGAAGAAGUAUACUGGACAAUGUGAUUAUUGCUCAUGAACUGGUUAAGGGAUAUAACAAAAAAGGAGUCUCCCCCAGGUGCAUUAUAAAAGUGGACAUAAGGAAGGCCUAUGACUCUGUUGAAUGGCCUUUCUUAGAAAUGGUUCUGCAGGAAUAUGGUUUCCCAAACAAGAUGAAUGCAGAUGGCAUGUUGAUCCAACACAAUGAUGCACUAGUAGUAUCUUUACUUGUACAAGAUACUAAUGUGAAACGAGUUUUGAUUUAUCUAGGUAGCUCUGUAAAUAUCAUUCUUUUAAGAGUGGUAAACGGAAUGCAAGGUGAUAACAAAUUG